UCUAUGUUCAGCCCUAGGCACUUUCUAGCUUCGGUGUCACUCGGUGUGCAAAAAUUAUCAGUAAAAAAGUAAGUUUUUCGGUUGUAAUUUUCGUUUUUUAUCGUUGAAAAAGACGUGCAUCGGCAGGUUUAAAGUGCGGAAAAUGUGUAGUGUCGCGCGUAAAGUGCAGCGGUCGACGGGAACAGUGCUUUUUGUGCAGAAUUAACCAGCUGAUGGCGGGUGGACUUGCCAAACGACCCAGUGAUCCCGACAGUGUGAAGAAGGUGUGAUUCGCCGUCUUUUCGCGGAUUCCAGGCGCCGAAACGGGGGACCUUUUCCGCGUAGCCGUCGGCAAGUGCGAGAAAAGUGGAACUCGAGGCAAAUCGGCCUAGAGAACACGCCUCUGCCGCCGCGAGAGCCCUCAAAUGCUGUUGUCGGGGUUCGUUUGAUGUUGACCUGUCUGUCGGUGGUGCAAUGCCGUUUGCGACCCCCGCGUAAUUCGUCCAUUAAACGUCGUCUCUCCGCCUGCCACCAUACAGCCUCCCGAACAGCACAGCAGCAUGUCUACCACGCCGUUCGUAGACAGGAUCGAUCCCUUCGCCAAGCGGUCGCUGAAGAAAAAGACGAAAAAGUCGCAGGGCAGCUCCCGGUACAGGAACUCGCAGGACGUGGAGUUGCAGCCCCUGCCCUUCCUCAAAGAUGUGCCCGCGAGCGAGCAAGAGGACCUGUUCAUCCGCAAGCUGCGCCAGUGUUGCGUGCCCUUCGAUUUCAUGGACCCGGUGGCCGACCUCAAGGGCAAAGAAGUGAAGCGGUGCUCGCUCAACGAGCUGGUGGAUUACAUCACCGCCGGCAGGGGCGUCCUCACCGAACCAGUCUAUCCAGAAAUUAUUAAAAUGAUAUCGACGAACCUGUUCCGCACGCUGCCGCCCAGCGAGAACCCCGACUUCGACCCGGAGGAGGACGACCCCACCCUGGAGGCCAGCUGGCCCCACCUCCAGGUCGUCUACGAGUUCUUCCUGCGCUUCCUGGAGAGCUCCGACUUCCAGCCCACCAUCGGCAAGCGGGUCAUCGACCAGAAGUUCGUGCUGCAGCUCUUGGAGCUGUUCGACUCGGAGGACCCGCGCGAGAGGGACUUCCUCAAGACGGUGCUGCACCGGAUCUACGGCAAGUUCCUCGGCCUCAGGGCCUUCAUAAGGAAACAGAUCAACAAUAUAUUCCUUAGGUUUAUAUAUGAGACUGAACAUUUCAACGGCGUGGGGGAGCUUUUGGAAAUUCUCGGAUCUAUAAUCAACGGUUUUGCGUUACCUCUAAAAUCCGAACACAAACAGUUCCUCGUUAAGGUGCUUAUACCGCUGCAUAAGGUCAAGUGCCUGUCGCUGUACCACGCGCAGCUUGCCUACUGCGUGGUACAAUUCUUAGAAAAAGACCCCACACUGACGGAGCCGGUGGUUCGCGGUCUGCUCAAGUUCUGGCCCAAGACGUGCAGCCAAAAAGAGGUUAUGUUUCUGGGCGAAAUCGAAGAGGUGCUCGACGUGAUCGAACCCUCCCAGUUCACCCGCAUCCAGGAGCCGCUGUUCCGCCAGAUCGCGCGCUGCGUCUCCAGCCCGCACUUCCAGGUGGCCGAGCGCGCCCUCUACUUCUGGAACAACGAGUACAUCAUGUCGCUGAUGGAGGAGAACAACCACGUCAUCAUGCCCAUCAUGUUCCCCGCCCUCUACCGCAUCUCCAAGGAGCACUGGAACCAGACCAUCGUGGCUCUGGUGUACAACGUGCUCAAGACGUUCAUGGAGAUGAACUCGAAACUGUUCGACGAUUUGACGGUCAGCUACAAGGCCGAACGGCAAAAAGAGAAGAAACGGGAAAAGGACCGGGAAGAGUUGUGGAAACGCCUGGCCGAGCUCGAGCUGAACCACAACAAGAACCUGCCGAACUCGACGGGGGGCGGGGCGGUCGGCGGCGUCCAGCCCUCCGCCAACCCCGCCUCCACCAACCCGGGAGCGCAGAACAACAAUCCCCUCGGCGGCAAGAAGUGAUACGAUGGCGAGGCCACCGCGCAACGCGCCGUCCGGGUGUAAGAAAACGCCCAACGCGACGGUUAGCCCAGUAUAAUAUCUCGGAAAUGGAACUAAAAAUACAACAAACCGUAAACCCAAUACAUCCAAGAUUUGUUCAUUCAUCAUUAGCAACUGAAACGACUAAACUCGCCGCCAAAUAGCGCCACCUAUCGAGGAAGGGACGAAAAGAGGACCCAAGCAUAUUAAAUUAAAUAAAAAAAAAGAAGGAAAACAGGAAAAAACAUUUCGCAGUGAACGUGCUGUGUCAUAAUAGACUUGUAUUUUGUGCUAUAGAUUAACAUAAAAAUAUGUGGUUAUAAAAGAAACUGUAAAUAA